UCUAUCAUGCCCCCAGCCUCAGCCUCAGCCGUCAUCGACGACCGCUCCCUAACUCUUCGUCUCUGACAAUUCCUUCCCCGAGCGAACCAAAAGCCUCCGAUCCCCCGACAAAUGCUGGUUGGCUGAACAAAAAAAUCCUACAGAAGGUAAAGGAAAGGAAAAUCAUGAGGUCUUCUUCGGAGAGAAUCAACAUCGCGGCUAGUGCGCAGAGACUCGAUGUCGAUAACCGUAUCGCCAUAAGAUACUACUACCGGAUCGCCGAUAAUAUCCUUAAACAGGCUGACAUCUUCCGAGCAGAAAAGAAUAUUAUUGAUUUGUAUGUAAUGCUUCUACGGUUUUCAAGUUUGGUGUCAGAGACCAUUCCAUGCCAUCGAGAUUAUGGAGCGUCUUUACAAAGUAAAAAAGUUUAUUUGAAAAAGAAAUUAUUGAGUGCAGUGACUGAAUUAGAGGAGUUGCAGCCAGCUGUGCAGCAGAAGAUCAAUGAAUUAAACAGAAAGCAUACAUAUCAAACUAAUGGCUGGGGCAAUGUUGCUCAAAAUGAUUCACUAGAGUGGCCUUCUGUCAAAAAGCAGACUUUGACUAACUAUAAUGUAACAAAGGCAUUGAGACCACCUGCUCGAGAAUUCACGUAUCAAGGUUCAAGGACUCAACAACUUUCUUAUGCCAGGCCAGUGGAUGAGCAGUUUCGUAGAAUGUCUCUAAAUUUCCCUCGUCCAACGGCAGAAACCCUAUCUAGACAUUCUAUUUUGGGCCCAAAUGGUCUCCAUGGCCGGUGGCAGCCACCAAAGAGCAAUAAAUUGGUCAAGUAUCCAAUCAACAUAGACCUGACUCCAGUGGAAUUCCCCAGCCUUCAGCAGCCUGUAGAAAGUGGAAUCACAACAAAAACAGACAGUAGCAAUGUUGCACCUGAAAAAUCAAGUUUGGAGUCAAUUACUAUUCCAACUGAUGAAAUUGAGAAGCGUCCGGCUGAGGAACCUUGCUCCAUGAUUUCCUUUGAAACAGUUGAAACUCCUGUUUCUACAGUUGAAAUCCCUGUUUCUACAGAUAUUAUUAAACAACCUUCUCCUCCACCUGUACUUGCAGAAGUACAAGAUUUGAUUGCUGCAAUGUCUCCACAAGUUACUGAGGCAGAAUGCCGGAAUGAGAAUUUAAUGUCCGAUGGAUUUGAUCGAACUGAGCCCCUGCAGUUGCACAUUUCAACCACAUUGAUGGAUAACUUCAUGAAGCUGGCAAAGUCAAAUACUGAAAAAAAUUUAGAAACUUGUGGUGUCCUUGCAGGUUCACUUAAAAACAGAAAAUUCUAUGUUACUGCUCUCAUUAUUCCAAAGCAGGAAUCAACAUCAGAUUCAUGUCAGACCACAAAUGAAGAAGAAAUAUUUGAAGUGCAGGAUAAACAAUCUCUUUUUCCACUUGGGUGGAUUCAUACGCAUCCUACACAGUCUUGUUUUAUGUCUUCGAUUGAUGUUCACACCCAUUACUCAUAUCAGAUUAUGCUGCCGGAAUCUGUUGCUAUUGUUAUGGCACCCAGAGAUAGUACAAAAAAGCAUGGAAUUUUUCGGUUGACAACGCCAGGCGGCAUGUCAGUAAUAAGACAGUGUCAACAACGUGGCUUUCAUCAUCACGAUCCACCUACUGAUGGUGGACCCAUUUACAAAUCCUGUACAGAUGUAUAUAUGAAUUCCAAUCUAAAAUUUGACAUCAUUGAUCUUCGGUGAUUACAGUCUUGCCAUAUGGACAGGUAAUUUUUUUGCAAUGCAAUUAUUUAUUAAUCAUUGCUAUACAAUUAGUUUUGUGUUUACCUACCAUUAGAAUCAGCCCCUAAAAUGCAAGACUACUUGUUUGUAUUAUUCUCUGGUCACUGUAUAUUCUAUGCACUAUUUCUUAAAACCACUUUGGUCAUGACUUGGGACGGCUACCUGCAUCUUGAUGGAGUUUGGGAGUCGUAUUUUUGUCAUUCGUCGGUGUAACGGACGAGACUAUUCCUAUGUUCUAAAUAAUUCCAGAUUAUAAUAUUUUCAACAAACCCGUUAUUUCGUGUCAAGGCAUUGUAAUUAUCAAUAUAUUGAUGCUGUUGUUGGUGGAUCCCCUUAUUAAUGGCAUGAUAUUUAAAAAUAUGGGGUGAUUAGAGCUCUAUUUAGCUGUCAUUUAUAUGCCGAUGGUGUUUUCGAGUUCUUUCUCUAUUGGGCAGAUAUCUCGUCAAAUCAAUGGUUUCUGAACUUUGUAAGCACAGGUAUUAAGGAUCAAGAAAUUCUGUUUCUUUUUCCUGGUAUGAUAAAAUUUGAUACUUUCUUGAUG